AUGAUUUUCAGAUUAGAAAACUAUCCAAAAAUGAGUCAACCACAACAGAGUCAACUACAACAGAGUCAACCACAACAGAGUCAACUACAACAGAGUCAACCACAACAGAGUCAACCGCAACAGAGUCAACCACAACAGAGUCAACCACAACAGAGUCAACUACAACAGAGUCAACCACAACAGAGUCAACUACAACAGAGUCAACCACAACAGAGUCAACCGCAACAGAGUCAACCACAACAGAGUCAACCACAACAGAGUCAACCGCAACAGAGUCAAUCACAACAGAGUCAACCACGACAGAGAGGAUGUCUAUACCACAAUUCAAAGGAGGAUUGCAUAUUGAACGGAGCCUUUGAUUUAUUUAUGAAUGGUUCAUUUCCCGAAGAUAAAAACAGGAUACGCUUUAAAUAUCUUCCAUUUCAACGUGUUAUAAGAGAAGUUGUUCCACCGAUGGCUAUUAAUUUCGGAAAAGUUAUGGAUUUUUCUGUACCAGAUUAUAUAGUCAAUCAUAUUAGCGCCAAAUUUUAUUUGUCAUUAAUCGAUCUUCAACGAAUGAACCUAACAAACAUAUCAUAUGAUAAAAAGCAGUCUUUCCAAUUACAGAUCCGUAUUGGACAAAAAUUGUCUGGGAUAAGAGAUUUUUCAGAAAUAUUACCAAAACCAAUAGAAAUGUGGAUCAAUUCUAGGAAAAUUAUUUUGGAUGACAGACAAAGCCCUAUAUAUGUUGGUGUUUUUGAUUAUUUGCACUUAGAUACUGUUAAUACUAAUAUGAUUACAAUGAUUUGGCCUGAGUGUUCAGAAACAUAUUUUUUGGUAGCUCAUUUGGUUGAAGUACUUAAUAUCGAAGAAAUGGUGGAAGACAUUAAAAUGAAUAACGAUCGAUAUUUUUCGGCAUUAACUACAAAACGAAAAGUUAUGGACAUUUUGAAAAAUGUUGAUACUGGUAGUUCAGCUGUGGCAGGCUGUAGAUUAUCUCUUUUAUGUCCAAUAAAUAAAUCAAAAAUAAAAUUGCCUGCCAAAUCUGUCAAAUGUGCUCAUUUACACUGCUUUGAUCUUGAAGCUUACAUUUCUUUGAACAGAAUAAAAAAUACAUGGAUAUGUCCUAUUUGUAAGAAGUCCUGUCUAUUAGCUGAUUUGAAUAUAGACGAGCUUGUUUUGUUUUUUAUCAAUAGUUUGAAAGUUCCGAAACAUUGCGAGGAGAUACAAAUAUAUGCGAACGGUAAAUGGAAACCAAGUAUAUCGCACGGUGGUAGUCUUGAAGAUGUUCAGACUACAUCUUGUGGUCCUUCAAAAAAAACAAUUCUUGAAAUUGAUUUGACUAACUUAGAUGAUGAAGAUCUAGACAAUAAUGUAAAAACCGUAUUGCCGAUAACAAGUGCUGGGAAUUCCAAUUAUAUAAGACCGAGUACUUCUACAAAUACUACUACACACACUGAGGAGGAUAAAGUCGAUGAUACCCCAAUACUUACCUACAUAGAAAGUAUAACCAUAGUAAAAAUAUUACCUCCUUCAGAUCUAAAUAGAUUAGUCGAAACCCGUAUACGUCAGCCCCAAUAAACCUAUGAACAAAGUAACGAAUAAUGUUCAGGACUCUGCUUAUUUGUCCCCAUUAGGAGGAUUAUACUAUGUAUAAUAUGACAUGCCAUUUUAAAUUUAGUAAAAAUGAUUAUUUAAGUUUUUAAAUUAAUGUUUUUUUUUAUUAUUUAUAUAAUAUCAUAG